AUCAAAUUCUCUGUACUUACAGAUGCACAAUUUGACAUCACCGGUAGACCAAAUCAUUCUCUAUUUUAUACCCGAUGGCCAAACUACCAUCAAAUUAUGCACGAUAUCGUCAAAAAGAUGGUAGAGUUAGACGCAUUCGAAGAUACAAUGAUCGAGAAGGGAAUUUUUAAACCACCCGAAGAGUCUAAAUUAAAUGUAGAAGGAACAGAGUGGCUGAAAAAAGAAGAGUUUGAAAAGAUUAUAAUUGAAGAAAUUGAUGACGAGAAGUUUGCCCAUUUUGUCGAGACGUUAAACAGGCUGAUGGAGCAUCCGUAUUCUUUCCGCGUCACAGAAUUCAUAAUGAAAUUCCGAAAGAAAAUGAAAGUGGUCUCAAUGGUGCUGAAGCUUCCGCCGGUUCAGGAGAUGGAAAACGGACAAAAAUACGUAACGUCGGAAGGAUUUCGCAAGAGGAGUGUGGCCCAGGUCACGGUUUUUUCCAACGGAACGGGAAAACUUAUUAUUAAUGGCACCGAUAUACAAUAUUUUGAGUAUAUGCAAGACAGAGAGCAGUUAUUAUUUCCGCUACAAUUUACAAACAUGCUGGGGAAAGUAGACGUCGAAGCAACCGUUGCCGGAGGUGGAUUCAGCGGAAAGGCGGGUGCCAUAAGACAUGGCAUGUCAUUGGCUCUCAGUAGUCUGGUAGACGAAGAAACGAGAGAGGGUAUGAGACUAGCGGGUCUUUUGACGAGAGACAGAAAGACCAGAGAAAGGAAGAAGACGGGACAAAAGGGAGCGCGUGCAAAAUACACUUGGAAAAAGCGGUAGCCUCCAUCAUCUCAGAUGAUUCUGGAUUAGUUUUUGUAGAUUAAAA